UGUGUAAGGUCAUUGCUCCUUCUCAAAAGAGCCAUUCCCAGAAAAUGCAGUAAGGUGGCUUUCUUUGUCCUUUUGGGGUCUUUCUGACCUUAUCCAGCUCACCAUGGACGAUGCCAGGGCCUGAUGGCCAUGUCCCCUAAGAGGCUAGUUGACCCUUCACUUGGUGCUGAAGACUGACAAAUGAUUAACCCCCUGGAAUCUCUGGUUAGAUCCUAGUUAUGGUCAUGAGUUUAGUCUUUUGAGCCGUGGGCUAAAAUUGUUUUUCCAGCCUUCCACCCGAUCGGGUGUCCCUGCCUGGACUGUGGUAUGGAAACUCUCCCCUGGGAGAGAGUAAUGGGCAGGAGGCGUGGGAAAUGGUGGGAGGAAGCUUCCAACUGCUGCUGGCCAGCCCGGCGUCCCACUGAGGAGAUGGAACAAGAAGAAAAUCAGGGUGUGUGUGAACACCGGGAUUCAGAAGACAGAGAGAUGGGGUCUGAUUUGGAGAACACCGAGGACAGGGAAGGGGAUCCAGAAGAAAGAGGAACAGAUUCUAAUCCACAGGAUGCAGGAGAGAGGGGCCCCCUGGUGCAGGAGAUGGACUCCAACCUGAAGGAUGAACCUCUGAGAAGGGACGCGAGCAAGAGGGAAGUAGCACCCAGUGUCUGCACAGAGGAGCUGCUAAGUGAGGAAGAAAGGGCUGCUCUUCCGGAGGAAGAGGACGACCGGCCUGGUGUGGCUGACAUGGCGAUGUUUCCAGGUCUGACCGAGUCGGACAGCUUGGCCCGGAGCCCGGGAGAGGAGGGAGAGGACAGCGCUGGGGAGAACCGGCUGGAGGAGCAGCCGCCCCCUCCUGUACUUCCCUGGAGGCGCCACCUCUCCCUGGGGAGUCGGCACCGGGGCGACAGACCGUCCCACCGUCGCUUCCACCGCAUCCACACCGGCGAGAAGCCGCACGGCUGCGGCGAGUGCGGCAAGCGCUUCAGCUGGCGCUCGGACCUGGUGAAGCACCAGCGCGUGCACACGGGCGAGAAGCCCUACAUGUGCUCCGAGUGCGGCGAGACCUUCAGCGUGAGCUCGCACCUCUUCACGCACAAGCGCACGCACUCGGGCGAGCGGCCCUACGUGUGCCGCGAGUGCGGCAAGGGCUUCGGGCGCAACUCGCACCUGGUGAACCACCUGCGGGUGCACACGGGCGAGAAGCCCUUCCGCUGCGGCCAGUGCGAAAAGCGCUUCAGCGACUUCUCCACGCUCACUCAGCACCAGCGCACGCACACGGGCGAGAAGCCCUACACGUGCAUCGAGUGCGGCAAGAGCUUCAUCCAGAGCUCGCACCUGAUCCGCCACCGCCGCAUCCACACGGGCAACAAGCCGCACAAGUGCACGGGCUGCGGCAAAGGCUUCCGCUACAAGACACACCUCGCGCAGCACCAGAAGCUGCACCUGUGCUAGGGUGGGUGGAGCGUGGGGAGCAGGUGGCCCUGGGACAGACCCUCUGGAAGGAAGUGGGGAAGGACGGUCUGAGAGUGACUGAAAGGGCCUUCCGGCGCUCUGGGGUCCGGGCAGGAAGGGUUGAGGAGGAGUUAUUUCAGGGCGCUCUAUUUUGCCUGCCUCCUCUCCAUCAGAGAAACUCGGGAGGUGUGCUUGAGUGGAGGAAACCUCAAACGCGCUGUAGGGAGUGGAGAGCGUGGGCGCUCUGACGACCUUCAGGAAGGAGAUUUGGAGUGAGGAAUGGUAUGCUAGGCGCAGAGUACAUUGGGCUUCGACGGUCUGUGGGAAUCGGGGAAGAGAGCACGGCUGGAGUGAGAGUUGUGGAGUCACACAAGAUGCGGGUAAGUCUGUCUCGGCCCCACGGGGUGGUAAGCAGCGUUUGCCCUGAGACCCCCAUCAGCUGUAGUCGACCCUGCAGGAGAGGAUAGGGACUGUACUCUUCCUUUCCUUUCCCCGAGCCACAGUUAGCUGCUAUUUUGAGGCAUCCAGGGGAAACUGGUCAUGAAAGAUGACACACCUUCCUUUCAAGGGGCAGCCUCUGGGCUGUAGAAAUUCGUUUAUAUCUAACUGGUUCUCAGAACGCUUGGCAAGUCCUGUUCCGGUUCUUUGCUGCUUCCUUGAAAAGCACUCUAGCUUCAUGGUGAAUCUAGGUUGUCUGUGAGGAUGACCCACCUCUUGCUCCCUCUUGUAGCACACCCCAGUCCCAGUGUUUUUUUUUUUUUUAAGGUCUCACUUGCGAUUUUUCAGGUACAGGAAAUGGAACAGUCUCAGCUCUGUGAGACUCUCCCUUCUCAGGUCAGCUUUCAGGUGAAUAUCAGAUUAACAUCAGCUGUCCCGGCCACCUACCAAAAUGAAUCAGCUCAGAUUUUUUGCUGGCCUUCUGCGAGAAAUCCAGGAGAGUCAAAUUUGCAUGUUGAAAUGCAGGGCUCCUUUAUCUCAUUUGCCUUCACCUUGCAUGUAGGUGCCCUGUUCUCCACUAACCCCUGCCUCCAUCCUUACUAAUGAGGGUCUAGUCCAAGCAGCAAUUUCUGUUUCUGAUGUGUGGAAGCACUGUCGAAAUCUCAAGGCUUUACACAAAGAGGGCACAGUCUGGGAGAGGUGGAAAUGUAACAUUGCCAAAUAGCACAAGCGAUGAAUGUUUUCUAGUUAUAUAGAUGCCAAAAUAGCACUUUUGGAUAUGCCAAGUGCUAUAUGCUUUUGAAUGGUAGUUGUUUCUCACAUCUCUGUGAGGUGAAUCAGUAUUAUGACCUCUUUUAGGGAAGGCCUGGGGACAGGAAUGUGGCAGGCUGUCCUGAACGAAGGCAGAGGACAGUGUGGAUUGGUGUGGCCUGACCUUUGGUGUUCUCCGGCUCAGCUGCUAGGAAGACUUAACUUGUCAUGACUAUAUGAUAAGGACACUGAACAAUGUUAUUCCUGAUCGAAAACUCAAAUCUAGCCUAGAAGGGCCAAAGACGUCCUUAUUGACAAAGCUGGUCUUUGUCACCUACUUAGGGUAUCCUAGCUCUGUUCCGUUUCUAGUAGGGGGCUGUAGUUAAAUGACUCGUGUAGAUUUCCGUUCCCUCUUCUGGAAAUUCCCUCCCCUAGGUUAGCCUUAGAAGUUAGAGUUGUGGAAAAGGAGUGUUUUCUUCACUAAUAUUUGUUACCCUCUACUAUCCAUAGAAGCAUUUUCACAAACUGUUGGACACAGUUGAAGGGGGGGGGAAGCUACAAAAUUGUUUUUACAGUUUUAGCAAAGUUUCUGUGAAUGCUAGUAACUUAUACUUGAUCGGUUGUAACCUAGCAAAGAACCUCUUUGGGGACUGUAGGAAAGCAUGUUUUAUAACAAAAAAAAUCCUGAGAAUUUUGGGUUGUACAUUGCCUAUUGUCCUGCCCUUUUAAUCAUUUUGUUAUUAUUGAAAAUGGAUGUUCAUACUAGGGAUAGUUUUGAAAGAUGUGAAUUAAUUUUUGUUUUCUUUUAGUCAAGGCUACACAAGCAAAGUACAUAUCUUAUUUAUUCUGACUUGUCUGAAUACCAUGUGUAUACAAUCUGUCUAAAAAUAAUGCAGUACAAUUUGUAGGUAAUCUUUCUCCUUUGUGGUAUUUUUUUUUAAGCACAUCUACCUCUUCCAGCUGUUUUAAGUUCUCUCAAGUCUGUGCCUAUAAAGUCUUAUCCAACUUUUGAUUAUUUAUGAAUUGAUUAUUGACUUUAUGGGUUUUCUGGUCUUUUGCUGCCAUUGUUACAUAGUCCUGUCAGCAUCAAAUGUUACAUAUCAGCAAAAUUGGAGUUUAGUGGGGACCGGGGAUCAAAGAUAAUGUAAAACAAUGACAGUGGAAAUCUUUGGACUUUGCCUCUCUUGUCCUUUUUAUUACUGUGGAUAAGAGUCAGCUAUGGCAUUAGAAUCCGUUCUGUGGCCAGGGAUGUAGCUCAGCAGUACCACUCCUACCUGGCAAGUGCAAGGUCUCUGAGUUCGAUCCCUGGUACCAGGCGGGGGGGAAAUCCCUUCUGUGAGCAAACUUCUUAGCAGUAGCAAACUGUUCAGCCACUAGCCCCCAAUCUCAUAGCGUUUUUAAAAUGUGAUUGCAUAUUUCUUAUGUUUCUCCAGGGUGUAUACCCAUAUUAAGUGAAGUUAAGUGCAUUCAGCAGGUUGUUGUUUGUCUUUAAUUUUAGAGUAAUAGUAAUUCUUCAGCAAACCCUGUUAACUGUGGUUCACCCUUGGAUGUGUUUAAAGAUUCUUUCCUCCAAAUCAUUAGCGAUGGUGGCGGCAAGUGUAUUAUUUGUUUUCUGGGGAAUUUGGCCAAGACCCCUGCUAAGCAAAUCCAGAAGCAUUUAAAGUUUAAGGGGUUGUGAUUAAAUCUUGAGUUCUGGGUUGGAGGGAGAUGAACAGUUAGCCCCUUGAGCCAUAUGUUCUCUUUGCAGUCAUGAGGCUGUACAUAUGUUAAAAGGUACAAAUUAAGGAUUUGUUCACAGAUGAUCUGAACCGUGUUUCUGAAGUUUGCACACUUUUCUUCACUGUAAUGUUACUUUACAUCUGUCUGUUAAAAUAGUGAAUAAUGCUCCUGAGAUUAACAGGUUUCGUGUGAAUGUGUUUGUAUAUGUGAUAAUUGCCUUGUUUUCAGGUUGUUUUAUUUAAUAAUGGUUCUUUGGACAGCAUUCUGGUGUACAGCCACAAAUAUGGAAUAUUUGUCAUUAAAUCCAUAUCAGUCUUUUACUGUUCUUUUCCCUUAUUUGUUACUCAUACAUUCAGUUUCACACAGUUUGAUCUACAGAAGCUGUUAUGGUAAAAGAAGGGUUGGCGAACUACCAGAUCUGGCCUGUCUUUGUAA